UUGGCCAGUCGUCAUCAGACCUUCUGCCAGGCCCUGCCAAGAAGUCUUCCUUCUAUGCAGUUGAAAUGCAACAACAGCCCCUGGGUUCUGCGUGUCCUGGCCUCCCUGGGUACCGGCUUCGACUGUGCCAGCCAGGUGGAGCUGGAGCAGGUGCUGGGUCUAGGCGUGGCCCCCUCACGCAUCAUCUUCGCCAACCCCUACAAGGCCAUCUCCCACCUCCAGUAUGCUGCCCGCCACGGGGUGCAGCUCCUGACCUUUGACAGUGAGGAGGAACUGACCAAGGUGGCCCAGCACCACCCCAAGGCCAGGCUUGUCCUCCGGCUGAGGACCAAGGACAAAGAGAGCAUCUUCCCCCUUAGUGACAAGUUUGGGGCCAGCCUGGAGGUGUGUGAACACUUGCUCAAGUCUGCCCGAGACCUGGGAUUGACUGUGGUCGGAAACAGCUUCCACGUAGGCUCGGACUGCAAGAAUCCCCAAAACUUCACACAGGCCAUCGCCGACUGUCGGCGCAUAUUCGAGAUGGGCCGUGGGCUUGGGCAUGACAUGAACCUCCUGGAUAUCGGAGGAGGCUUCCCUGGAGUGGAAGGCUCUGAGCCUGAGUUCGAGAAGAUGGCCAGAGAGAUCAAUGCUGCCCUGGCCCAGGACUUCCCCGAGGGGACUGGUGUUGAGGUCAUCGCAGAGCCUGGCUGCUUCUACGUGGCAUCUGCCUGCACGGCUGCGGUGAACAUCAUUGCCAAGAAGGCUGUGCUCGAACCUGGAGGCCACCGGAAACUGUUGUACUAUCUCAAUGAGGGACAUUAUGGCAUCUUUCGUAUCUUCCUCAGGGAUCCUGUCCCCAGGAAGCCCAUUGUGGUGAAGAAGCUCUGCUCAGAGGAGCCCAUCUUCCCCUGCAUCCUCUAUGGUCCCACAUGCGAUGCCGGUGACAAACUGUUCAUGGAGGAGGUGCAGCUGCCCGAACUGGAUGUGGGCGACUGGCUCAUCUUCCCAUCCAUGGGAGCCUACACAUCCGUCAUGAGCUCCACUUUCAAUGGCUUUCUGCCUGCCGCCAUCUGCUAUACCAUGGGACCUGAGCUCAGGUGUCUGCCGGGGAGGGCUCUCACCACAAAGAGCUGUGGGCUGAGCUCCGGGGUCCCGUGGUGUAGCAUAAAUACCCUACUCCCCACGCUGGCCCCAGCAGAGCUCUGA